AUGCAUCUAGCUACCGUGCUUUUUUUGGUUGUCGCCGUUUUCCUAAUUGCAGGCAUUGAGGCAUCCCAAUAUAGGGGUAAAUUUGAGGAUCCAGCUCAUCCAGGAAAGUGUGUCGUUGAAGGCUUGGUCCUUGAAGCGGGUCAAACUGGACGCCAUCCAAAAGAAUGUGCACGAGUUGACUGCGGAGAGGAUAUCGAAGCGGAGAUCUCAUUAUGUGUUGCAGACGUUCUUCACCCCGGUUACAAAUUUGGAAAAUACACUGCACCGAACGCUGAAUAUCCCGCAUGUUGUAAUCGUGACAUUAUAAAGGAGUAA